UAAAUCUCCAUCACAUGUGUUCCACAGAGAGAGAGAAAUAAAAGAAGUGUAAUGUAAUCAGGCCAUGAGCAACAAGGAGAGGCUACAAUUCCUCUCAAAAUCCUAAAGAUCCCCUUAUCCUAUCUUCUUCUUCUUCUUCUUUUGCAUUUUUAAUCACUUCUCUCUCUCUAUUCUCUCUCUCACUCAAUCCUCCAUUCCCAUAAUACACUCUCUUUUCUCUCCUCAAUCUCUGCUGAAUUCACUGCUCAUGGUUUUUGUUCAUCUGGGUCUCCGUCAUUUCUCUUCUUAAUCAUUCAUUUCAACUUCUCCAUUUUCUUCCCCUCAAGCUCAGCAAAAAUGGCUCCGAGGUCCACCAGAGGAAAACCCAACAGAGCAAAAUCCGAGAAGAAGAAGAAGGAAGAAAAAGUGAUUCCAAGUGUUGUUGACAUCACUGUUGUCACUCCUUAUGAAUCCCAAGUUGUCCUCAAGGGUAUCACUACUGAUAAGAUUCUGGAUGUGAGAAGGCUGCUGGCUCAGAAUGUAGAGACAUGCCACCUAACCAAUUAUUCCUUGUCCCAUGAGGUCAAGGGGCAGAGGUUGAAUGAUAAGGUGGAGAUUGCUAAUCUGAAACCCUGUUUGUUAAAAAUGGUUGAAGAGGAUUACUCCGAUGAAGCUGAAGCAGUGGCGCACGUGCGGAGGCUGCUGGACAUUGUUGCCUGCACCACCAGGUUUUGCAAAUCGAGGCGAGCCUCGACGCCGGAGUCGAGGGCCAAGAAGAAUAGCAGGGUCCACAAUCACGGGAAUUCCUCCGGCCCGACUUCUCCGGCCGAUGGAUUGUCGGAAGCUCGAUGCGGGUCCCCGUCUCCCCAUCCGGAGCCAUCCGUUUCGGUUGUUUCCGACAAUCUCGGCAUGGCAGCUAUUCAUCCGACGCCAAAGCUCUCCGACUUCUUUGAGUUCUUCUCGCUGGCUCACAUCCCUCCCCCUAUUCUACAACUGAGGAGAUCCGACCCGAAAGGCGCAGCGGAAGAGAAGCACGAUGGGGAUUACUUUGGGAUGCAGAUUAAGAUAUGCAAUGGGAAACUCAUACAAGUGACUGCCUCAGCAAAGGGAUUCUAUACUGCAGGAAAGCAGUUUCUACAGAGCCAUUCCCUUGUGGACCUUUUGCAGCAACUCAGCAGAGCUUUUGCCAAUGCUUACGAGUCCUUGAUGAAGGCGUUUCUCGAACAUAACAAGUUUGGUAAUCUCCCAUAUGGAUUUCGGAUGAAUACUUGGCUUGUUCCUCCAUCAGUCAUUGAGACUCCAUCAGACUUGCCAUCAUUGCCAGUAGAAGAUGAAAAUUGGGGCGGAAACGGCAGUGGGCAAGGAAGAAACGGCAAGCACAGUCUACGGUCGUGGGCGACCGAUUUUGCGGUACUUGCAAAGCUUCCUUGCAAAACUGAGGAGGAGAGGAUCGUCCGAGACCGAAAAGCAUUUCUACUCCACAGCCAAUUUGUUGACAUUGCUAUUCAAAAAGCUGUUGCAGCAAUUUCUAGUCUUGCAGAUUCCAACUCAAAAAGACAGGUUACAGUUAAAUCUCCUGGCAUUGUCUUCGAGGAUCGAAUUGGAGACUUGUCUAUCGUGAUAAGACGUGAUUCGACCGAUGCAAGUACAAAGCCUGUCGUAAAACUCGACGGUUACAGAUUAGACGGUGUGUCUGAUGAGGAAGUUGCACAAAGAAACUUACUAAAGGGGUUGACUGCAGAUGAAAAUGUAGUUGUUCAGGAUACUUCCUCCUUGAGUCUUGUCAUUGUAAAACAUUGUGGAUACACCGCAACGGUAAAGGUUGUCGGUAAAGUGAAGGCGGGUUGGGACGAGAAUCAAGAUGUUGUUAUUGAUGAUCAACCAGAUGGAGGAGCCAAUGCUCUUAACAUCAACAGUUUGAGGAUUCAGCUUCACAAAACCAGUGCUAAUCCACUCGAAGAAUGCUCGACCUCGGACGAUCUAGAAUCAUCCCGUCUUCUGGUUCGCAAAGUACUCGAAGAGAGCUUAUCAAAGCUCGAGAAAGAGCCCAGUGCUUCAAAGAAAUCAAUUAGAUGGGAGCUUGGUUCAUGCUGGGUGCAACAUCUACAAAAGCAGGAAAAUGAACCAGACUCAAAGCCUAAAUCCUCUGAAGAUGUCAAGGAGAUUGAACCAGCAGUCAAAGGCCUGGGGAAGCAGUUCAAGCUUUUGAAGAAGCGGGAAAAGAAGACGACGACGACAACCGAAGAAAACCACUGUACACCCGAUGGCCCGGACACAAAAACCGAAUCCAACGGCGAGCCAAGCAGCGAACAGACUGUAGAGAAACUGAUAUCCAAACAAGCAUUGUCUCGCCUCAAAGAGAGCGGAACCGGUCUCCAUCUAAAGUCAGCAGAUGAGCUCAUAGUGAUGGCACACAAAUAUUAUGAUGAAAUUGCACUGCCAAAGCUGGUGACAGAUUUUGGAUCGCUUGAACUCUCACCUGUGGAUGGGCGUACAUUAACAGACUUCAUGCACUUGAGAGGCCUUCGAAUGUGCUCAUUGGGCCGCGUGGUGGAGUUAGCGGAGAAGCUUCCACACAUACAAGCCCUAUGCAUCCACGAGAUGGUGAUCCGAGCGUUGAAGCACGUGAUCAAAGCCGUCGUGGCCGGCGUCGAGGCCGCCGGAGACUUAUCCGGCGCCAUAGCCGCCGCCCUGAACUUCCUCCUCGGAAGCCACGGAUCGGAAGACGAGGAGAAGAACGAAGACGGAGGCGUGAGGCUGCAAUGGCUACGAUCGUUCAUAGGGAAGAGAUUCGGGUGGGGAUUGAGGAACGAAUUCGAGCACCUGAGAAAGGUGUCGAUUCUGCGAGGGAUCUGCCACAAGGUGGGAUUGGAAUUGGCGCCGAGAGAUUACGAUUUGGAGAGCCCUAAUCCGUUCAGGAGAAGCGACAUCGUGAGCAUGGUCCCGGUUUGUAAGCAUGUAGGAUGCAGUUCGGCGGAUGGGCGGAAUUUGUUGGAAUCGUCGAAAGUUGCUCUGGAUAAAGGCAAGCUUGACGAUGCUGUCAAUUAUGGAACCAAGGCAUUGGCUAAAAUGAUUGCUGUAUGCGGUCCGUACCAUCGAACCACUGCUAGUGCUUACAGUCUUCUAGCAGUAGUCCUCUACCACACUGGUGAUUUUAAUCAGGCAACAAUCUAUCAACAGAAGGCUUUGGAUAUCAACGAGCGGGAGCUCGGGCUCGAUCAUCCCGACACGAUGAAGAGCUAUGGGGAUCUCUCCGUCUUCUACUAUCGUCUUCAACACAUUGAGUUGGCUCUCAAGUAUGUGAACCGAGCGUUGUUCCUUCUACAUUUUACGUGUGGGCUGUCUCACCCCAACACUGCUGCAACUUACAUUAAUGUUGCUAUGAUGGAAGAGGGUGUGGGGAAUGUUCAUGUUGCUCUUAGAUAUUUACAUGAAGCUCUUAAGUGCAACCAGAGGUUAUUAGGAGCUGAUCACAUACAGACUGCUGCAAGCUACCAUGCCAUUGCCAUAGCUCUUUCUCUGAUGGAGGCGUAUUCGCUGAGCGUGCAACACGAACAAACGACGCUCAGUAUACUCAAAUCCAAACUUGGAGAAGAAGAUCUUCGAACUCAGGAUGCGGCUGCGUGGCUGGAAUAUUUCGAGUCGAAAGCGCUAGAGCAGCAAGAAGCAGCGCGUAAUGGAACUCCGAAGCCCGACGCGCUGAUUUCGAGCAAAGGCCACCUUAGUGUGUCAGAUCUCCUGGAUUUCAUAAGUCCCGAUCAAGAUCCAAAAGGAAACGAUACGCAGAGGAAACAUAGACGUGCAAAGGUAGUGAAUGGAAGUGAUAAAACUCAUCAGGGGCAUCAAAAUGAAAUGGCUGAGGAUGAGUUGCACAUUGAUAGUCCAAAACAAGUUACUGAUUCAUCAGAUGACAGUGUAAAAGAAGCUAAAGUCAGCAAUUUUUUACCAGUAGAACAGAAGGAAGUAGUUGAAAACAUCACUGGGAAUAAGGUAGCAGUUAAAAGUGAAACUGUGGAAGAAACUUAUUCAGAUGAUGGGUGGCAAGAGGCUCAUUCUAAGGGGCGGUCGGGGCAUGUUGUUGGGCGGAAGGUCGGCCGGAGACGACCAGUUCUUUCAAAGCUAAAUGUGCAUUAUUCUGAACAUUCUAAUAUCAGACAGAGUAACUACAAACAGGAAACUGUCUCUCCAGUGCAGAAAGCAGCAGCUGUUAAGAACAUUCAAAGUGGGUUUUCACAGUUAAAGCAAGCAAUUACUCAAAGGUCAAGUACAGGGGAUGAUUCAGCCAAGCUCCAGGCGAAAAUAUCGGUUUCCAAGGUCGUCUCGCCGUCUCCUGUUUCGGUUUCAAGAUCCAUAUCUUACAAAGAAGUAGCUUUAGCCCCUCCUGGCACUGUUCUAAGGCAAUUGGUUGAUGUGGAAAAUGUUAAUGAGUUAGAGGAGAAAGAAGCUGAACCCCAGAACUGUGGUCAUUCAGAAACAUCAAAAAAUGAAGAAACCAACAAUGUUUCUGAUCAAGUGAUCCAAAACGAAGUAGCGGAACCGAUUCAUAACGCUGCGACGGAGUCCGAAAAUCGAAGCCAAGAUUGCGAAGAGAUGAUAUCCUGUUCAUCUCCUUCGGAAAAGCCGGUGGAAACAAAUGCUAGUAAGCUUUCUGCUGCAGCAGAACCGUUCAAUCCUGGAACUUCUUCCAUGACUAGCGGAUUAAACUCGGCUGCAGUCACUAGCAUAUAUGAUGUAACAGCAAGCCAAGGCUCUCUAGAGCCUUUGAUUCCUCCCGCAACUACAAGAGUACCUUGCGGUCCUCGAUCGCCUCUAUAUUACCGAACCAACAGCUCGUUUCGAAUGAAACAUGGUUUUUUGAAAUACCAAGCUCCUGUCAUGGGAAGAAGUGGAUUUGGAGCUGCAACAAUGAUGAAUCCACAUGCCCCCGAAUUCGUCCCGCAAAGAGCUUGGCAAUCAAACUCGGUAGACGCAAAUAGCCAACUCCACACCGACUCAAAUCCCUUGCCGAAAACAAGUGUCGACGAACACGAGAAGCUGGCCAACAAAUCGACUGCUACAAUCGACGCCAACUUGAAGAAAAGCAUCUCCGAGUGCGAGAAGUCCGAGCUCGCAAGACAAAUACUCCUAAGCUUCAUUGUGAAAUCAGUUCAGAACAACAUGGAUCCAACUGCUGAUGAGGCUGCAGCUAAAGAUCAUAAGUUCAGAGCUUCAGAAAACUCAUCAGAUGCUAUAGCCAACGACAGUGCCAUAAUCAAAAUUCUAUAUGGGAAUGAAGAUGAGCUGCAGCAGAGCGGCAAGGUAAAUAAGAACAAAACAGGGGACAGCGAAGGAUUCAUAGUAGUUAAGAAGAGAAGGAACAGACAGCAGUUCACAAAUGGGGUGGCUGGUCUGUACAAUCAGCAUUCAAUCUGUGCUUCAGUUCGUUGAGAUUAUUAGGCAGAAACAAAGAAACUUGAAAGUCACUGAGAUCAGAGUUGCUGAAUCUGAGUUGAAAUGUGGGAAUAAGGAUGCAAUUUUGGGUGGGAAUAAUUUACUGGGAAUCUGGAGAAACGAACAUAAAAAGCAAGUUUUUUUCUCUCUCUUGGGUUUUGAUUCUGCUUAUGAUGUGCUGUGCUCUAAUAAUCUUUGUAAAAGUGCUUUUUCCCUCCCUGUCUUUGUUCAUUAUCAUUGAAUUUUCUUGAAUUAAUAAAAGGCAAACUUAACAAGUUAGAAAGGAAUGGUUUGGGAGAA